CCUUGGAGUUUCUUCUGCUUCAACUUGUUGAUAACUAGGUCACCUACCUCCUAUAACACUAUCCCCAACUCCUAGGUAUUUUUCCUAUUCUAUAAACUCUACUCGCCAUGGCCACGCCAAACUCUCUUCCGCCAAGUCAACGUCUGGUACCCGGCUCUAUAGACCUUCCUCUUGCACCAUGGCCACAGACAAUCAAGGACGAGAAUGUCGAUGCACUUGCAGUCAGCGUCAAACUCGUAAGCUCCUUCAAUGAGCUGCUUUCGAAAAAGGACCACAAAGGUCUUGCGAACCUUUUCCUAGAAAGUAGCUAUUGGAAAGAUCACCUUGCUCUGACUUGGGAUUUCCAUACUUUGAAAGGAAGAGACAAGAUUACGUCGUUCUUAGACAAGGGCCAUCAUUUAAAGGACAUCGCUAUCAGCAAUGAAAUUCCGGCCAAGAAUAAUGGCCCAGAAAUAAUCCCCUUCCGGAUGGACGGUUCGGUCCGCGGCAUACAGUUCUUCCUGCGGGCCAGCGCCGAACAUGGUUUUGGCCCCGGGUAUGCCCGCCUCCUCCAAGAAAACGGCGAAUGGAAAUUUUGGAUGCUUUACACAACUGUGAACGAGCUCCAUAAUCACCCGGAGCCGAUCGGUCCCUUACGACCAAUUGGUGUCAAACAUGGCGCAAAUCCAGAGAGGGAAAACUGGCUCGAAAGAAGGCAGAAUGAGAUAAACUUCGUGCACGGCGAUCCUGAAGUGCUUAUCAUUGGGUGCGGUCAAGCUGGACUCACGUUACAAGCCCGGCUGAAGAUGAUUAACGUCUCAGCACUCGCCAUUGACGUCUGCGACAACGUCGGCGACAAUUGGAGGAAUAGAUACCGGCAUCUCGUCCUUCACGACGCGAUAUGGUACGACCAUAUGCCGUACAUAAAGUUUCCGGACUUUUGGCCCAUAUUUACUCCGAAAGACAAGCUGGCCCAAUUUCUGCAGUCCUACGCUGAACAACUUGAGCUUAAUAUAUGGAACAACACGAGUCUCGAGUACAGCAGCUGGGACGAGAAAAAGAAGGAAUGGGUCGCCGUCGUAAAGCGGAAGAAGAAGGACGGCACCGUCGAAGUCCGCGUGUUGCGUCCGAAGCACAUUGUCCAGUGCACGGGUCACUCGGGGAAGAAGAACGCACCGCAGUUCAAAGGCAUGGAGACCUUCAAGGGCGACGUGCUCUGCCACUCGUCGGAGUUCAAAGGCGCCAAGAGGGACGGUAAGGGGAGAAAAGCAGUCGUGAUCGGCGCUUGCAACUCCGCCCUCGAUAUCUGCCAGGACUUCUACGAGAACGGGUACGACGUAACCAUCGUCCAGCGGUCGUCGACGACCGUCAUGAGCAUCAAAGCGGUAAUGGAACUGCUGCUCAAACCCGCGUUUUGCGAGGGCGGUCCCCCGACCGAGGAAUCCGACCUUCUUACGUGGGGCAGGCCCGGGGAGAUGUACAAGGCGGCGCAGGCGGACGUCAACGAGCGCCAGCAGGUGAUCGACAAGGAGACGCUCGACGGGCUCAACAAGGCGGGGUUCAAGACGGACCGCGGGCCGAUGAACUGCGGGCUGUGGAUCAAGUACCUGCAGCGCGGCGGCGGGUACUACAUCGACGUGGGCGCGUCGCAGCUGAUCAUCGAGGGCAAGGUCAAAGUCAAGCACGGCGUGGGCGUGAGCGAGAUCCUGCCGCAGGGCGUCAAGUUCGACGACGGGUCCAUCCUGGAAGCGGACGAGAUCGUCUGCGCGACGGGCUACCAGAACAUGCGGACGGCCACGGAGGCCAUCUUCGGAGAGGAGGUCGCGAGCAAGGUGCCCAACGUGUUCGGCUACGACGACGAGGGCGAGAUGCGCGUCAUCUGGCGGCCUAGCGGUCACCCCGGCCUCUGGCUUCACGGAGGAAAUCUCGCUCUGUGCCGAUACUUUUCUAAACUUGUCGCUGUCCAGAUCAAGGCACAGCUAGAAGGACUAUCUAAGUAAAGGGUUUUAAGCUUGGGAUGGAAUAUGUAUUAGGUAGGUACUUAGGUAAUGUAUACCUAGGUAGUCGAUGUAAGGUAUGUAUGUUAAGCUUUCCGUGGUACUUCAAAUAACCUUAUGUAGCUGAUGUAUUCUUCAAGUUAUGUAGGAGGUAUUUGAGGUAGUGGUAUCGUAUCAAUACAAGUUUCGUAUUAUCAACCUACCUGUUAGGUGAAGCCUCACCUUAGACAUAUUGUCUUUUAAACCCGAGUAUUUG